AUGUCUUCCAACGAGAAUAAAGCACAAGUGCCUAAGGAGUCCCCAGAGGUGGUAAAGAUCACUGAGGGUUUAAAAAAAACUUAUUUGGAUGAAGAGACGGGUGAAUAUGUCUCAAAAUCCGAGCUGAAAAAGAGAAAGAAGAUGAGAGCAGUUCAAGCUAAAAAGGCCGCAAAGAAGGCUGCAAGAGCAAAGAAGGAAGCACAAGCACCUAAGAAGAAGAAGGAUGAACUCGCAAACUUGAAUCCAAAUCAGUACUUUGAGAUCAGAAGUACCCGUAUAGAUGCUUUAAGAAAGCCCCACAGUGAGAGUAACCCUUACCCUCACAAGUUCAACGUCAGUAUGCAGGUGGACGAUUUCGUCAAGAAGUAUACUGAUUUGAAGAGAGGUGAAACGUUGUCUGACGUCACUGUUUCUGUUGCCGGCAGAAUCAUGGUCAAGAGAGCAUCCGGUUCGAAGUUGAGAUUCUACCGUAUUUCAAACAAUGGUGUUGAAGUUCAAGUUAUGGCUCAAGCCCAGGACUGUACUGGCGACUUUGAAAAGAUGCAUGAUGCUUUGAGAAGAGGUGAUGUCAUUGGUGUUGUCGGUUAUCCAGGUAGGACUAAGCCAGCUAAAGGUGGAGAAGGUGAAUUGUCUGUCUUCGCCAAAGAAGUGAAGUUAUUAACACCUUGCUUGCGUAUGCUUCCAACAGAACAUUAUGGUUUCAAAGAUCAAGAGGCCAGGUACAGAAAGAGGUACUUGGAUUUGAUUAUGAAUAAGCGUACUAGAGAUAUCUUCGGUAUCAGAUCUAGAAUUAUUCAGUAUAUUAGAAGAUUUUUGGACAACAGGCAGUUUAUUGAGGUGGAAACUCCAAUUUUAAACGUCAUCCCAGGUGGUGCUACGGCAAAACCAUUUGUUACGCAUCACAACGAUUUGGACAUCGAUAUGUACAUGAGGAUUGCUCCGGAAUUAUUUUUGAAGGAGUUGGUUGUUGGUGGUAUGGACAGAGUUUAUGAAAUAGGUCGUCAAUUCAGAAAUGAAAGUAUUGAUAUGACUCAUAAUCCAGAGUUCACCACCUGUGAAUUCUACCAGGCAUAUGCUGAUGUUUACGACUUGAUGGACACUACUGAACUUUUGUUCUCUGAAAUGGUUAAGACUAUUUGUGGAGAUUACAAGAUCAAGUACCAACCAGAUGGACCAGAGGGAAAAACAUGGACCUUGGAUUUCAGUAGACCAUGGAGAAGAGUCAACAUGAUGGAGGAGUUGGAGAGAAUAUAUAAGGUCAAAUUCCCACCAGCUGAUGAGCUUGGAACCGAAGAAACUACUAAAUUCUUAAAGAAGGUUUUGGCUGACAAUAAGGUCGACUGUCAGCCUCCUCUCACCAAUGCUAGAAUGCUUGACAAGUUGGUCGGUGCCAUUGAGGACAGUAGUAUCAAUCCAACAUUUAUUUUUGGUCAUCCUCAAAUCAUGUCACCUUUAGCUAAGUACGAUAGAGAGAUCCCUGGUCUAUGUGAGAGAUUCGAAGUUUUUGUUGGAACUAAAGAGAUUUGUAAUGCUUAUACGGAGUUGAAUGAUCCAUUCGAUCAGCGUAACAGGUUUGAAGAGCAAGCUAAGCAAAAGGCGCAAGGUGAUGAUGAAGCUCAAUUAGUUGAUGAAACUUUCUGCAAUGCUUUAGAAUAUGGUCUUCCACCAACUGCUGGCUGGGGUUGUGGUAUUGAUAGAUUGUGUAUGUUCCUAACAAACAGCAAUACUAUCAGAGAAGUGUUACUUUUCCCAACCUUGAAGCCAGAUGCUCUGGUCAAAGGUGAAGAUGAUGAGUGA